ACAACAGCAACACCAACAAAUAACUUGUGGGAAAAUGGCGGACGGAAAGUUGCUGCUGGAAGUGAAAAAUGAUGUUAAAUUCAAGAAAACCGAAGGAACAUUGCGUCUUUUAAAGAAUAAACUCGCGUGGAUACAAAAGGGCGAAACUGUGCCUAAAUUCGAAUGUCUUUACUCUGACAUUAAAGUGCAAAGAAUAAGCCCAGAUUCUAGCUCAAAAGUUCAACUUCAGAUUAUGCUCCACGACGAAAGAUCAUCAAAUUUUCAUUUUGCCUCGCCAAAGGGAAGGGACUAUCAGUUCAAACAAAGAGAUGAAGUGAAGAAUUUAUUGGCUCAGCUAAUUCCAGCUCAUAGAAAUAAAGUUAACAGAGAAAUUGAAGAAAAAACCAAGAUGCUAAAAGAGAAACCAGAACUCUACCAGUUGUACAAAGAUCUCGUAAAAGGUGGCAUUAUAACGGCAGAAGAAUUUUGGGAAAACAGAAAAAUGGGUCUUGGAAUAACAGACAAUGGGGCAAAGCAAUCUACUGGAAUUUCAUCAGGAUUUCUAGCCGAAAUAAAACCAGAUACCCAUGGGUGCAACGAACUAAGGUUUAAUCUCACUGCGGACAGUAUUGAGGCAAUAUUCAAAACAUACCCAGCAGUACAACGAAAAUAUGAGUCUUCAGUUCCCCACGAGCUUUCAGAGGAAAAAUUCUGGACUGAUUUUUUCCGAUCUCGACAUUUUCAUCGAGAUCGUUAUACUACUACGAAAUCGUCUAAAGACCUGUUUGGCGAGUGUGCAGAACGCGACGAAGAGCAGCAGCUUAGAGAAAGCAUUAAGAAUAUAGGAGACCCAACAUUAGAUCUUACAAAUACAGAUGCCGAUAUAGAAGAGGGUUACGGUCAAGGAAUGCACACACCGCUAACAACGAGCUGUACGCCGUUGAUCAGGAAAUUCAACCACCAGAGUCUCAUGGUGCUCAAAUCGUCAUCAAAAAGACAUCUUGAUGCAGACGAAAAUGAAAGCAAAAAAUCGGAGAUAAAGAAAGCAAAGUUACAAGAUGCAACAGAGUAUGAAGAUCUGGAAAAUCAGGCUACACAUAUUGUUCAAAACUUGAAGAUCUUAGAUGCUGACAAAUUUGCACCUGGAAUUACAAAAAAGGGGAAUAAUAUGGAUGGCGGAGAAGACAUGCUUGAAUCAGAUGCAAUCCAAAGUUUCAAAUUUUUACAGAAAAAGGUUACUGAAUGGCAGCCAAAUUUGCCACAGGUCCUAACCCACGAACAAGCCUGUGCCGCAUUGUCAGAGAUUUCACCCGGUAGUAAAUUGGUUAGCAUGUCCUUAAAGGGCGGAAAUGCUCAUCAAUUGUCAUCAUCAGUACAAAGUGAAUGGAAGCAACAAUACUUAUCAUUAGCAGAGGUUUUACGUCAUUUCUGGUCAUGCUUCCCCAUCAAAUCUGCACAACUUGAAGAGAAGGUUUCAAGAAUGAAAAGCUGCCUCGAAAAGUUCCGCGAUACAAAAAUAGCAGAUUUUAAGUCAAAGCUCCCGGAUUCAAAUACAAAUCUUGUCGAUCAUCUUCAUCAACAAAUUGAUGCUGCAUUAGAAAAAUACAACACAUGGCAACAGCGUCGUGUAGCACGAUGAAAAAGGACUUCUUUAGGUUUAAAAUAAUUUAUCUGCCAUGCUAGUCCGUUGUUUGUCCUCAGUGUUGCAAUGAACAAUGAUUUGGCCUAAAUCUUGCCAUCUUGGUGAAACAUUUGUUGAGUGUCAGACACAAUAUGGAGAUGAAUUUUAGAAGAGAUAUCAAGAACAAUUUUGAUAUGCUUGAUAACGGAUUUGAAGUGACAUGAACUUCAAGAAUAUUUCAGUAUCUAAUUUAUGUACAUGUUGACGAAGGAAACCUUCUUGGAUCAGUCGUUCAAAUGCUGUUUAAAAUGUAUUUCUUUACCACCAGGAAAAUGACUGCCAUUUGCUUAAAACGACUAUAAAGAGUAUGAGAUUUGAUAAUGCUGUGCUGUGUGGCCAAAACUGGCAUCCAAAACGUUGAACAGCUGUUGCUUUUUGCAUUCUUUUCUAUGUCUGUCAUCUCAAGUUAGGUCUUUUUGCUUUCUUGGAAAGUUUGUAGCACAGCAUGUGAGCUGUAAGUAACCAAUACUUUGAAAAAUUUACAAAAAAAUAUUGUCAGCAGUUUCGCAAGUAAUUUUCGAUAAAAAUUGUUGUCCA